GUUUCUUGCCUACAGACAUCACUUGACUCUAUACAUACUGAAAAGCAUGCACUUCAAUCUUCUAUAGACUCUCUAACAGCAUCUUCCACUCAACAGUCUUUGCAUAUCCAAUCUCUGUUAGAUAAGUGCAGCAUGUUGGAGAAAUCUGAAAGUGACAUGUCCCAAACUCUAGUCUGUCUCCAGCAUAAAGAGGUUGCAUUGUCCUCCCAGUGUGAACACUUGCAAAUGUUAUGUAGUGAACAAAGUGCGAGCUUGCAGUCAUUAGAGUGUGUCCGUAAAGAUGUGGAGAAUCAAUUAGAAGAAGAGCACAACCAUUUUAUUUCAGCCCAGGAGCGAUGCAAGUCUCUUGAACUAGAGCUGGUCCAAAACAAAAUGGAGUUAGUUGAGUUACAAGAUACUUUACAACACUUACAAUCUGAUAAGCAAAAUUCUAAUUCAAAAGUAGAAGAACUCAAUGAUCAAAUUCUUGCCUUGACCUCUAAUCUGACAGAACAGACCAAUCGAAUGACAGAGUUGACUAAUGAUCUGGCCAAUAAAAAUCAAGAACUAGAAGAACUAAGGCUGGAAUUGUGUAGAUUACAAGAGAAAUUACAGCACAGUGAAGAACAUGUCCUCCAGCUGUCCUCAAGUCUAGACAAGGCUACACAGCAGUAUGAAACUGUGAAUUCUGACCUGCUUGUAUUGACUUUAUCUCUCCAAGAGAACAAAACUGAAUUGGAAAAGUCUCAACAUUCUGUGGACUCUUUAAAAACUUUACUUGAAGAAAAAAGUCUAGAAGUCAGCCAGCUAGUCUGUCAGUUGGAAAAGUCUCAACAUUCUGUGGACUCUUUAAAAACUUUGCUUGAAGAAAAAAGUCUAGAAGUCAGCCAGCUAGUCUGUCAGUUGGAAAAGGUUUGUACAGAGAAACAUGAGAUGACUUCUCAACAUACUGCAUUGACUCAGGAGCUCCAUACUAACAACACACUUGUUCAAGAACAAACUGAACUGUUUGAUGGUAUUUCUCAACAGCUUCAAGAGACUCAACAAGAACUGGAUCUGAAAAACAAAUAUAUCAAUGAAUUGAAGAGAUCAGUGGAGGAACAAGAAAGUCAUGUGAAGACAUUUAAUGAACAGUUUGAAGAUUUAGUCAGAGUAUAUUUAGAAAUGAAAGACAAGUGUAGCGCCCUUUUAGCUGUAUCAGAUGAUGUAAUAAUUAGUACAGACUCUUCUAGUCUUGAGUCAACAUUCCAGACUGUAGUGGCUAAGGUAAACGACCUGUUUCAGAAUUUGAGCGCUGAAUUGAACCAAACCCGCAGAGAACUGUUGUCAAAGAAGGACGAAAUGACUUUAUUGUGUGUAGCUUUGCAGGAGAAUUCUUCACAGCUUUUAAUGCUUCAGAAUGAAUUAGCUUCAGUGCUCAGUGUUUUAUCCUGUUUUAAACAUGACAGUGUGCACCAGAGUAAUAAUCUCAAAGAGACAAUUGUGGAGCUAAGUCAGCAAAUUGAUAGUUAUCAGUCCAGUCUUCAAGACAAAGAUGUCUGUAUACAAAACUAUUGUGAUGAGAUACAUCUAUGGCAAGUCAAAGUUGGAGAUCUUCAGUCUUCAUUAGUUGAACUCACCAGUUCCCAUGAACAACAAAUGCAGGCCCUCAAGGACAGUAACUCUUCUUUAGAGAACAAUCUUUUAACUUUAACUGAAAGUUAUAAAAAUGAAAUGAAUUCAACUCAAGCAAUCCUACUAGAGAAAGAGAUUGAACUGAAAGAACUGAAUCAAAUGAGAAACACGUUAUUACUAGGUGAAGAACAUUGGAAAGAGCAGUGCAUGAAAGUGAAUGAGGAAGUGAAGGAUCUAGUCACACAGUGCAAUAAUCAAGCCCAGGAAUUACAGUUGUCAGUGUCCUUAAAGGAAGAAAUGGAAGUCAGAGUGAAGAAUCUAGUCAGUAGAGUUGAGUGUUUAGAAAUAGAGUUGAAAGAUUUAGUUGAGGCCAAUGGCUUGCUGAAAGAAGAGAAAGAUCAUCUUGGGCAAUUGCUGGAUGACAAGAGUGAAGAGUUACUGAGUUUGCAGAGUCGUGUAUCAGAACUUAAUAGUCAAGUCAAGUGUCUUCAAGAGGACAACUUAGCUCAACAGAAGGAGAUUACUUCUUGCCAGGCUCAGUAUAGAAAUAAUAGUCAAGACUUGAAUCUGUUGUCAGAGAAAUAUAAAGCCUUGGAACAGGAACACAGAUUAGUAGUGAAUCAAGUUGAGGAGAUUCAGUAUACAGCCAGGACAUGGGAGCAGGAGCUCUGUGCCUUGCAGAUGAGUUGUGAUGAGACUGUGUCAAUACAGUCAGUAGUGCAAACAGUAAGUACUCAAGUGACUUCAAACACUUCACAGGAUAUACUCUCAUCCCUUCCGCGAGUGACUUCAAACACUUCACAGGAUAUACUCUCAUCCCUUCAGCACAUCGUUUCUACAUUUAGGCGGCAAAUAGACAAACUGAAAUCUGAUGACCACUUAAAAGAACAAGAGAUAGAUCAGCUGAAGACAGAAUUGAAUGAGGUAAAGGAGACUGUCAAUAUUGACAGAGCUGCCAGUGUUGAGGAGAUGGCUGGGUUACAGUUUGAAUUGGACAAGUCUCUGGAACUUUUAAAGAAGAAAGACGGGGAGAUACAAUCUUUGCAGGAAAAAUUACUUAGCAUCUCAUCAUCCAGCCACGAAGAGGUCCAGCAGCUAGCAAGCACAGCCGACCACUAUAAGAAUCAAUUAACAGAGUGUGGACAUCAAAUUACAGAACUAACCUCAAUAAUGAGUGAGUUAAACUCCACUUUGAAGGAAGAAAAAGCCCAGAAGGAAGAAUUGGCUUUAAGGCUAAGUCAGACGGAGUCCACACUAGAAGACACAGCACACCAGCUGGAUGCUGUCACUAGCCAAAAGUUAAAUCUAGAAAAGGAACAAAUGUCUCUAGCACAAAAGCUGACAAAAUUAGAAGAAGAUUUGCAAGGAUCUCUAUCGGACAGAAAACAUUUGUGUCAUCAAAUAGAAUGUCUUCAAUCAGACCUUGAGCUUAGCAAGACUGCUACUGCAGACCUGACUGCAUCAAACGCUAAACAACAGGAAGUCAUCUCUGAACUUAGAGCAAGCCUGACACUUGCCAAUGCUGAAACUGCAGGCUUUGAAGAAGCUCUAGAGGCAGCAAACAAAACUAUCUACAGUCUAGAAUCUGACAAUGCUCAGCAGCAGAGAUAUCUGGACCACUUACAGACAAUGUUGGAUAAGUUUCAACAAGAGAUGAAAGAAACAGUGGAAUCCCUUCAGCUGAAUAGUGCAGACAAAACUCAGCAAAUCUCUGCAUUGGAAACCCAGCUAAGUGUUAAGAUGACUGUAAUAAAAGAACUGGAAACCCAGCUUGAAGAGAAGCAUAGUCUGCUUACUCAGCUGGAGAACAAAGUAGAAGAAGAGCACAUAGCCAAACAAGAGUACCAAACCAAGAUUAUGUUGCUAGAAGCACACGUUGAUGAGAUGAGGUCACACAAUGAAAAUAUUACAUUGCAAAGUCAACAAGUCAAUGAAAAUCUUUUUCAACAAGUUCAGCAACUAGAACUGCAGCUGAAAAAUACACAGGUGGAACUAGAAAGGAAACAGGAGAGUUUAAUCUCCCUAGAGACAGCAUACCAGCAAAACACAGAACAUUCCAAUGCUAAUAUGAAGAGGCUUGAGUCAGAACUUUUAGAAUCCAAAACUUCACUAGACAAAUACAUCAAUAAGGAAUCAGAGAAUGAAAGCAGAAUGAAAGAAUUACACCAGGAGCUUGAGAAAACAUUGGAAGAAAAGAAUUUACUAGUUGUCAAGUGUAUAGACACUGAGUCUAGAUUAGUCCAGCUGUUGGAACAAGUGGCUGACUUACAUGACAAGCAGCAGACCUUAAACACAGAGAGAGAUUGUCUUAAGUCUAGCUGUGACCAGCGUCAGGUCAGUUUGGAAACACUCAAAACUCAAUUAAAUUAUGAAACUGAAAGGUUGUCUGAAUUGGAAAAAAUAAAAUUGUCUUCUGAGGAAAGAAUCCAGUUGCUUCUUGCUGAAAAGGAUAUCAUAUCACAGCAAUGUUUGUCUCAAGAGGAAAGAAUCCAGUCAUUGUUGGCUGAAAAGGAUACAAUAUCACAGCAAUGUUUGUCUCAAGAGGAAAGAAUCCAGUCAUUGUUGGCUGAAAAGGAUAUAAUAUCACAGCAAUGUUUGUCUCAAGAGGAAAGAAUCCAGUCAUUGUUGGCUGAAAAGGAUACAAUAUCACAGCAAUGUUUGUCUCAAGAGGAAAGAAUCCAGUCAUUGUUGACUGAAAAGGAUAUGAUAUCACAGCAAUGUUUGUCUCAAGAGGAAAGAAUCCAGUCACUUCUUGCUGAAAAAGAUAAAAAGUCCGAUGAAGAAGCAAUUGAAACUGGAGAAUUAACUUCUAGAUUAGAUUUAUUGAGCUCUCAGCUAGAUUUGAAAGAGUGUGAAGUUGAACAUUUAACUCAAGAGAAUCAAGAGCUGACUGUAUCUCUGAAUGCCCUUCAGUCUCAGGUCAGUGCACUGUCUGAGGAGAAGAAACAGGUUGAAGAUGAGAAGAGAGUGAUCUCAGAGUCCAUGCAGAAUGCUGCCUUGGUGUUGAGAUACCAACUUGAAAGUGUCAGUGAAGACAAAGAGAAACUUCAGUUAGAAAGUCAAACAGUCCUACAAACCCUCAGACAUGACAAUACUUCCUUACAAACUCAGGUUACAGCUUUAAACCAAACUGUGUCUGAACUCGCUGUACAACUGGAAGAAACCAAAGAAGAAUCAAUGACCAAGUUACAGGAGCUGCAAACAACCAAAGCUCAAGUGGAAGAUAAAAAUAAACUGUUAUCAGAGGAACUUAAUCAACAUGAGAGUAAAAUACAAGAGUUAGAAGCGACAUGUAGUGAACUGAAUGACAAGUUAACCAUGUCUUCAGUGAAACUCAAACAAGUGACUUCUCAUCUUCAAGAUACAAUUACUCAGCUUAGGUCUUUUGUAACUGAACAGAGUGCUAUCAUUACAGUCUUACAGGAAGACUCAAUGAAACAGCAAGACACAGAACAUUCACUGCUGGCCAUUGCAGCAUCUUCUAACAAAGUUAUACUAGAAGGUAGGAAAAGUCUUAAUUCUUUAAGCCAAGAAUUGGAAAUGUUAAAACAACACAGCUCAUUUUUUUACAGUGAAAACCAAUCUUUAGAGCUCCAGUUAGCUGAAGCUAAGGAAAUGGUCCAGAUAGUUGCUGAAGAAAAGUCCAGAAUUAAAAAGGAACUUGAAGAUUCCAUAAGUGAGUUAUAUGAAGCUUAUGAUAAGUCGGAAAAAAAGUUGGUGGAAAAAGAAGAACUGUUCAGAGCUCUACAAGCUGAACUUCAUUCUAAACUGGAAAUGUUGAAAGAAAGAGAUGAUCAUUUAACUGAGGUCACUGAAAAAUUGACAAGUCUUAAAGAAGAUUUUGAUCAGUUAAAUUUAGAUCGAGAUAAAGAGUUGAGACUAGAAGAAAGCACAAAGGCAUCAUUACAGAAAGAUUUAGUUGAACUUGAAGAGAAAUGUACUCAGCUGGAGCUAUCGUUAGCAACCAAUGUCAAAGAGUUUGAGAAACAGCUGAUGGAAUCACAAGAACGCAUCGCUCAUUUGGAACAAGACUUGAGGAUAGCUAGCAGUAAGCUUGAACAGUCGAUUCUAGAAAAUGAAAUUAAUAAAUCAGAAAUUUCUAGCUUGCAUCUUGAAAUUGAAACAAAACUUCAAGAAUCAUUUAAGUUACAUGCAGAUUUGUCUUCCUGCCAGCAAGAAUUGAAACAAUCCCAGUUGUUGCUUGAAGGUGUCAAGUCAGACUGUAAACAAGUUGAAGACGAGAAUCAGGAAAAACUCAAUAAACUGGCUGAAGAGAUCAAAAUGUCUCAAGAAACUGUCCAGCAGUUUGCUUUAGAAGUUUCCAAAUUGAAGCAAUCUCUGGAAGACAAAGCUGAGGAAAUAGCCAAACUGCAAUUACAACAUAAUCUGUUGGCCUCAUUGAUUGAAGAGCUUAACGAGAAACUCUUUUCUGCAGAAACCAGCAAUCUGCUCCUAGAGCGACAGUUGUUUAAACAAAGGACUGUUGACCAAAACACUCUUGCUGAAAUGGAGAAGAAGAUGAAACUGUGUGAAGAAGAUCAUAAUGAAUUACUGUUAGAACAGAGGAAAUGGAAUGAAGAGCUAGCAGACGUGAAGACCCAACUAACAGACAAAGUGGAUGAACUGAGCUGUGUGUAUAAGAAACAUAACGAUUUAAAUACAUCGUUCCUUGAACUUAGUACUGAGCUGAGAGAUCUGAAAGACAUUGUCCAUCAACACAAAUUGUCUGAUGUGGACUCUGAGAAGCUGAUCUCUGUGCUUGAGAAUAAACACCAAGAGAAAGAUUGUCUGGUUAGAGAGUUGUGUGCUCAGCUGAGGUCCUCCCACCAGCACGUUGAAGCUGUACAGAGCGAACUGGGCGACUCCAUCUCAGAAAUCACGCGUAAGGGCAUCAUCAUUAGAGAUCUGGAGUCCCAUAUUGAAGUGCAAGUUAAAGCCAAAGAGGCAAUGGAAAAUGAAAUGAGCCUUUUGAAGGAAAAUAACAGAGAAUUACAAAUGAUGGUGGACAUAUUGAAGGAAGAGAAACAAAAAAAUGACCAGACAUUGAGUCGCAACCUUGAGAAGGUCAACACGGCUUUGUUUGAAGAGAGGACCAAAAAUGGAAAACUCCAGAAAGGCAUGAGAGAGAUCAAAACUACGAUGCACAAGCUCAUGAAGGAAAGACAACAAGUGGAAGAGAACUUGUCCAAAAAAGCCGAAAGUCUUCACAUUGCCAGUGCCAAGAGAAAGUCAGAGCUGGAGGAAGUGACUUCCAGCCUUGGGAAAUGUAAGACAACUCAAGACAAUGUUCACACCUUGUUGGCCACUUACUUGAGUGAGGAGAAAGAGGCUAAAGCAAGUCUGCAGGAGACUAAAGAAAAACUGGAAGAGAAGCUGGUCGAGUUCUGCGACACUAAGCUCCAUUUGUCUCAGUUACUAGAGGAGAAUGUUGUUACCAAGUCCACCCUAGAGAGUACCAAAGAAGAUAUUCAAACAAUGCAAAGCUCUUCCAAACAGUCUCAUGAGAUGUUAUCUGCUCUACAGCUCAUGUUGAAUGGCCAAGUGGAGGAAAACCAAAGUCUAAGAAAAGCUUUGGAUGAAUUGUUCAUGUCUUUGAAACGUUUGGAAAGUAUAGUACAGACAUCGAAAGAAGAUUUCCAAAGUGAAUCUGAAAAGUGUUUAAAGUUAUCCAAUGAGUUGAAGGAAAGUCUUCAGACACAACACAGACUACAGGAGGACGUAACCAGUGUUAGGUCACAGCUGACACAAGCUUUGACCCUUGUCUCUGAGAAUGAUGUCAAGCUGACACAACAGGCUGCUGUCUGUGAACAACUGAAUAUUGAACUGAACACACUAUCUUCUCAUCAUUCUAGCCACAUGCUUCAGUGUACUCUAGAAAAAGAAAAUCUUGAAAACUCUUGUGCACUUGUUGGAGAAAACUUAGAAGCAGAAAAACAAAAAAAUACUCAUUUAGAAAAAGAAAAGCUUCAAACUAUGGAAGAAAAUAGUUUACUGAGAGAAAGAAUAGAGUCUACCAGCUUGGAAAUAGAAGAGUGGAAAAAAGAAAAUAGCUUAUUGAAAGAAAGAGUAGAGUCUGUGGGUAUAGAAAUAGAAUAUUUGAAAAAAGAGAAUGGCCUUCUGAAAGAAAGAGUCGAGUCUUCUGGCCUAGAACUAGAAGAGCUGCGCAUAGAAAAUGUUACAGAUAAAGACUUAUUAACAGAAAUUGGAAACCAGCUUAAAGAAGCCAGGUGUUCCUAUGAAGAAUCAAUAUCUAAAAUAGCCAGACUAGAAGAGGAACUUACAAAAACUGCUGAUGCUAUGUCCAAAUUAUGUCAACUAGAAAGGAUUUUGUUGGAAAGAGAGAACGAAAAGGAUGAAUUAAAAUGUUGCUUGGACCAAUCCAAUUUAGAACUUGAUGAAUUACGACAGCAGAGAAAUAUUGCAAUGGCCUCAUUGGAACUCUGUCAAGACAAAAUAACAGCCUCAGAACACACCAUCAAGUUGUUAUUGAAGGAACAAUGGAGCGCUUCAGCUGAGUCAAAACUGUUGAAAGAUGAACUGUCAAGCAUGUUGCUCAUUAAAGCCGCUCUGGAACACCAGUUAGAGGAAGUAGAAGCCACACUUGUAUUGUUAACCAAGUCUGUAGAGUCCAGUGAAUUGGAAAAUAAAUUAGCUCUAGACAAGUUAUUUGUGGAGUUUAGCGUGAGCCAGCAGUGUCUGAGUGAGAUCAAACUGGAACAAGAAGCGACACAAUGCGAAGUGAAGAAACUGCUGGCUGAAAGAGAUGAAGUCCAUCAACAACUAGAGAGAUGUGAGAAUGUCAAGCUACUGUUGUCUGCUGAACUAGACACUGCACAAUCAUUAUACACACAGCAGGUGGAGAGGUACACUCAAACAUGUCAAGAAUUAUCUCAAGCCAAAACACUUUUAGAAAAGGAAAUAGGAAAAUCUGGAAAACUUGAAGCAGAGUUGAAAGCUAAAGAACUAGAAUACUUGAGCCUGGUGGCAUCUAAGCAGGAAACUAACGACAGACUACUAGCAGAACAUCAAGAUGGCACCAAAGACUUAAUUAAACUUUGUGAGGUCAAAGAUCAGGAACUAUUGAACUUACGAGAGAUGAAUACUUCCUAUGUUCAUCAAAUCAAUGAGUGCCAAUCAGUCAUUCAUGACCUACAGCAAGAACAGGACAAUAGAAGAGACUCUGAAGAAAUUCUCAAAGUCCAACUGCAAAUGUUGGAAAAUGAAGUGAACCAGUAUAGACAGGAAACUGGACAAGUGGAACUUCUCAGCAAUGAAUUAAGUGCACUUAGAGAAAGUUAUCAUUCUCAGUGUUCUAUGUUGUCCAAACUUUCAACAGAUAAGUAUCACAUGGAGCUGUCUAAAAUUGGCGCAGAAGAAGCACUAACAAGUUUAGUUAGAGAAUGUUUAGACAUGGUGGAUGUUUUUGUGAACAUUUUAAGCCAAGAAUCUCAAGAGUCAUCUAGUGACAUUCAGUCUCUUACAGUUUCUGGGAAUGCCGCUGAGUUGGAUGAGAGUCUCCCUACCAUUGCUGAACCUCUGGCUGAUCUAGAAACUAUGAAAACGCAGUUGAAACACAAAUUUGGUCAGCUCAAGAAAGGUCUCAACACUUUGCUAUCUGAUAAAGCUGCCUUAGAAAAAGAUCAAAAGAAAUUAAUCAGUUUAUUGGAUGAAGCUAUUGCUGAAAGAGAAAAAACUGAGUCGAACUUACAGGAAACCAAAUCUAGCUGUGACUGUUUGCGAGAAGAGAUGCUGGAGAUGAGUCAAGAACUACAACGGCUUCAAAGUGUUCUUCAUGAGAAAGAGAUCAGUGCUGAGUUGAUGAGUCAAGUCAAAGAAACAUUCAGGCAUGAUGUUGAGGAGCUGAAAUCUAGUUUAAAUGUCUUAACUGAGCAAAUAUUCCUGGAGAGGAAAGAGAAAGAAUUGUUAGCCGACGUCCUGGAAGUGUGUGAAGAGAGGAACUUGAGCCUGGAGUCGGAACUGAGUAAUUUCAAGAUGAAGUCCAUCAAAGAAAUACACCAUUUCCAGAAGAGACACAAUGAAUAUGAACGCCAUUGCCAAGACUUGGAAACUGAAUGUAAUCUCCUGAAGCAAAGUUUAAAUGAUUUGAAAUCUGAUCUGAGCAAUCUUUCUGCCCACAAUGAAGAGCUCCAAGAACAUGUUGAAAUCUUAGAGGAAGAAAAAAGAAAUGUACAACUUGAUUUGGAGAGUUUAGAAAAACAGAAAGACAAGGAUGUCAAAGCACUAAGUCUGGUCUUGUCUCAGGCUGAGUCUGAGCAUCAGAAUCUGGAAAAGGAAUGUGUUCAACUUAAAGAGACACUGUCAGCUUCUGAAUCUGAAAGCUUAAAGCUGAGUGCUCAAGUUGAACUCUUAAAACAACAGCUAGAUUCACUCGGUGCUACGCACGAAGAACAGCUCAGUAAUCUUGGUGAGGAACUAGCUUCAGCAAAAGACGUUAACACAAGACUUCAAGAGACAUUAGACAAAACUGUGCAAGAAAAAUUAGAGGUCAUGCAAGAACUAGGUCUGAUUAGUUCCGAAAAAACACUUUGUCAGGAUCAGUUAUCAGAGCAAAAUAAUGUUGUGAAGUACUUACAAGAAAUAGUUUCAGAAAAAGAUGUGGAACUAUCCAGUCUUCGUACUAAGAUCAAUGAACUAGUCCUAGCUCUAGCACACAAAGAGACUUGCAUUGCAGAACUUCAAACUCAGGUAGUUUCCUUACACUCCAAUACUGUAGUAGAGUCUCCCCCUGUUCCCCCUCACCUGAUGGUUUCCUCUUCAUCCUCUUCUGAAUCUCUCAGUUCAUCCCAUUUUAUUGCCUAUUCUGGGAAUGGUUAUAAUGAGCUUCAGUCCAUACAGGUAUUCAAUCCUCAGGUACCAGCUACUGAUGUUCCAAAUUUACAGAGUGAGUUAAGAACUGCUUGUGGUGAUGUUGAAAUAGAAAACAAUCCUCUGGAAAGUGAACUGAUCAACUUGAAGUCCACGUUGGUGCAGAACGAGUCUAUUUUGGUCUCACUUGAAGAGCAACUACAGAAGGAACAGGGCACCAGGCUAGAACUAGAGAAAACAGUGACAAAGAAAGACAAAAUAAUUCAAGGCUUACAUAUUAAAUUAAAGAAAUGCUCCAGACCUGCGGAGAAGCAAACAAAGCCGUCAGAGCAGUCAGAUUUGAAACCAGUAGAAGAUGUCUUCUUAGCCUUGUCUUGGUCCCAAUCUUCCCAAGAUCUAUCCGGUAUGAGCGAAGAACAACGAAACUUUCAGUUGCUCUUAUCUCAAUACCAGAAAAUUUGUAUUGAGAGAGACGCACUCAAAGAAAUGAUUGGUGAGAAAGAUGCUGAAAUCAUAAGACUACAGGCUCAAUGUUAUGAUGCGGAACUGUUGCUAAAAGAUGUAGAAAAACGCUAUCAAGAUGAAUCUAGUGUGCUCUUGACUAAACUCCAACGGGAAGGAACUAUUGCUAAUACAUUGUUAGAGAAAGAGCACAAGUUGGAGGAGGAGUUAAAGCUGACAACAUCAGAGUUAAUGUCUACAUCACACUUGUUGGAGGAGACAAGAAAAUGUAGCUCUUCAGAAUCUGAGUUGUUGACAGACCUGCAGGUGAAACUAGAGAGUUGUCUUGAGGAGAAUUAUAAAUAUAAAGAACAGAUAGAAUCUCUAAAACACAAGGUUGAACAGCAAACAUUAGAAGUAUCCAAACUUCAAGAAGAUACAAGCACUAAAGAAACUCUUUUAGAAUCUAAAGAGAAAGAAUUGAGCAUAAUCCAAAAGGCUGGUCAUGGUGAAAUAGAAAGGUUGCAGUUUCAAAUUAGAAACUUGGAAUCCCAAACCAACAAUCUUAAAGAAUGCAUUAAAGUUUAUGAAUUAGAAUGUGAAGGAAGAAACAGCCAUGUUGAUUUUUUCUCAGGCCGAUGCCAGGAAUUGGAGACUUUGUUAGAAUCAGAACAAAAGAAAGUUGUCCAACUUGAGCUAGUCCUCGGAGAGAAAGAUGAAAAGAUUAAUGUGAUGGAGUCAUUGCUCAAAGAAAUGUAUGGUAAACAAGAUGAAGCUAACACGUCUUUGGUCCAGCUGACAAACGAUCUUGAGGAGACUAAAAAAAGUUUGGCCUUGUUACAAUCUGACAAAGAAGCUCUGGGCAAAACUCUGAAAAAGAAAGAAGCCAAAAUUGUAGCCCUAACUAAAAGGAUCACAUCGUCAACUCCAAAGAAAGUUCAGUUGCUUCUACCAGAAGAGGUUCAAGAAAACUUGGAAGAUUCUAAAACCCCAGUGCCCAGUCCUCCUCUCGAUCCCCUCACCUCUACAUUGGAAGACGAAAUGAAAAGUCAACAAGAGCUGGAGAUGUUAAAAUCUGAAAUAACAUCUUUCAGGAAACUAGUUAAAAGGAAAGAUGCUCAGUUAAUGUCUUUGAACAAAAAGCUGCAAGUGCUGCAGACCGAUCAAGGGAGGUUAUCUUCAGGCACAAGUAUGGAGUCUGUGGGGGACAUGUCUGGAAGAGUUUCUGUUUUAUCUAGUCUCGACAUUGGGGAUGUUGCAGAGCUGCAUGAAAGACUGAAACAAAGUCAAGCCGAGAAGGAGACUUUAGAGCUUCAACUACGCCAGCUUGAGGUUGACUUAGAUAACGCUAAAGAUGAAAUCCUGAACCUGCGCCAUGAUCAUGAGGAUCUUCAGGACGAGCUCCACCUCGUUUUAAGAGACAAAAGAUCUCUAGAGAAUUGCAUUUUCGAUAUUCGAGACUUGGUCAAUUCUGAGGCCGUGGAGCAAUAUGCUGGCGAUGAUCUGUUGUACACAACGGCAGAAGCUGUGAGACUAUUAGUUGAAGAAAAAUACAAAGCCGACAGAGAUAAUUUAGAUCUUCAGGCUUGGGUCAGCAGGCUAGAACAAGAUGGUGUGAAGGAAGACAAAGAAUGGUUGGAAUCAAAGUCUCACAUUGAAAGUUUACAACGAGAACUGACAGCAGCCAAUGGCAGUCUAAUGGGAAUGAGAGAGAAAUUAGAGAAAAGUUUGGAGUCUAGCGCUGCACUAGAAAGUGAACUAGUCUCAUUGAAACAAAUGUUACAACUGAGCUCUACUGAUUCGCAGACACAAAUAUCUGAUUUGAGGAAAGAAUUAUUUCAACUAUCAGAAGAGUUCACCAAAGUGAAUACCGAAAAAGAGAUGCUUUCCACAGAGCUAGAAAACUUCAAGACUGAACAAUCUGCUUCUCAAAUUUUGAUUUCUGAACUGCAGCAAAAGUUGACAGAAACAGAAGAUAGGUUUCAAGGUCAAUUGAAAGACUUACAAACACAUCUUCAAUAUGAAGUAGAGCACAAGAGCAAUUUAAAACAGGAAGUAAUAUCAGUCCAGGAGAGUCUACACAGGCAACUUGAAGCUAAUGGUGAGUUACAGUCUAGAAUUCAAUACCUGGAGGACUUGCUUGUGUCAGUGGAAGCAAAGACUGGCUCUCACGUGGCUAGUCUGUUGUCUGAACAUGAAACCAAAGUCAGUGAACUUAGAACUAUGCUGAAGAACAAAGAAGCCAAACUUUUGUCCCUCACGACUCAACACGAUGAGCUGGCUAUUCAGUAUGAGAAACUUCAGAAUCAACAUUUGAAAUCUGACCAUGACAGUGGCUUGCUGAAGGAACAACUUCAUCACAAGACACUUGUGAUAGAACAGCUUGAGGUGGACAUUCAAAAGCUGAAAGAUAAUGUGACUUACUUUGCUAAAGAGAAUGCAAGUCUUAAAGAACAGAUGAGUGUUGGGCAGUUUGAAUUGCAGACACUUAGAGAACAGCAGCACUCACAUAACCUUCAGUUAGUGAAUGAAAACAAUAAUCUUAACGAGCAGUUAGAACUGGCUACUCAGGUCAAAGCUGACUUAGAAUUUCAGUUACAAAUAUCUUCCAGUCAAGUGAGUCAGCUUCAACAAACGAUAUCUGAUCACCAGGAACAAUUCAGUUCAUUGUGUGCACUACUAGGUCUCACUGACUUAAGUCAUUCAACAUUGACUGGCCAAAGUCCUUCAACAUUCUCUGACCUCACUCAGGAAAUUAAUAUUCUUUUAACUAAAGCCUCACAUAGUAAAUCUCUGGAAGAUAAAGUUGCAGUGUUAGGGCAAGAAACUAUUGACAAGUGUGAAACAAUCAGAGUCCUAGAAGAUAAUGUGAAAAGUUUUCACUCAUCAUCGGCUGAAUGUAUUCUCCGGCUAGAAACGGAAAUCCAAGAACUAAGGCAGGAAUUAUCAUUGAAAGAAAAUGUGUUACUCUCAAAGAGUCAUUUGGAAGAACAGUUUCAUCGCAUCCAACAAGAGUUCAAUGCUUUACAAGUUGACCAUAAGCUAGUUCUGGAGGAAAAAAACAAACUUCAGACAGAUAGCAAGCAACAAAUUGAGCUUCUUGAGACUUUGUUGAGUGAAAGUCAAAUAAAAGUUACAAGCUGUGAGUCUGAGAUAAAAGAGUACCAAAGCAAAGUGCAGCAAUUGGAAGGUCAAGUCCAACUACUCCAGACUGAACUAAGUAACACAAACCAAGACAUGACAGCAUUACUGGCCUUGGAACAGAAAAACUCAUCCAAUUUAUCCCAACAUGUUGCCCAACUAGAGUCGAAGCUUCAAGAGAAAGAUGAUAUUAUCAGUCUAUUGUCUAAUGAGAUAAAUCAUUUCAAGCACAGAGUGUCAGAUCUCUCUGAAGAACUCCAACACAGUAGUGACAAAUGUAGUAAUUUAGAAAGUCAUAAUCUACAAUUGCAGCUCCUAAUAGAUGAGUCCUCUUUUAGAAGUGAAGUCCCUGGAAGCCAGGACAAAGAGAUACAAGUUGAAGAUUCUCUGAGUCAAGAAAGUUUGUCAGAUCCUGUUGAACAAAGACAAGACACAUCACUUGAUCAGUUUACAAAGGACACAAGUCUAGAUCUAGAUGAGCUUAAAAAACAAAUCACAUCACUACAAAAAAUGUUAAAAAAGAAAGAUGCCAAAGUUGUAUCCUUGAGGAAACAGUUAGAGCAGUUAAAAAAGGGGGAGAUAACUUCCAGGGCUCUCCAGUCACCUCAGACUUCUGACACCUCACUUCAUCCUGUUACCUCCAUGACCAAAAACGACUCUGAGACUCAAACAGAAAUAUCCAGUUUUACCCUAGACCAAAGCUCUAUCAACACGGAGACUCAAAAAGAAGUAUCUAGCUGUGCCCCAGACCAAAGCUCUAUUGACUGUGAGACUCAAACAGAAGUAUCAUAUUGUACCCUAGACCAAAGGUCUUUCAACUCUGAGACUCAAACAGAAGUAUCUAGCUGUUACCCAGACCAAAGCUCUAUUGACUCUGAGGUAUACAGACUUCAGUCUUGGGUAAACUAUCUCCAGCAAGAACUGUCUACAUCUCAAGCCUCUCUGCACCAGGCUCAAAUGGAAAUUGAAAGUUGGAAGGAAGCAUUUAACAAACUGCCUCACCAGAUAGUCAUACAGGAGGAUGUCUCAACCAGCCUAGACCUAGAGGCGAAAUACAAAGUGCUGGAAGAUGAGUUGGAGACGAGUUCACUUCAAGUUUCCUCCUUGACUCAAAGCCUUGCUGAAAUGACCCAAAACUAUGAGACGUCUUCCGAUGAGCUGAAUAAAAAACUUGUAAGCCUACAGGAUGAUUAUAAAGUCCAAGAGCUAAAAAUGUCUGAAUUACAAAUUGAACUCAUCUCUCUUCAGCAGAAACUGUUAGAAUGCCAGGAUUCUUUGCAGGCUGCGAGUUUGAGCAAAUCAAUUCUAGAAGAGACUCUGAGGACUCGAGAAUCCGAUUUCACAGAAUCGCUUCAAAAUGUUCAACGGCAGUUGGAAGAAGAAGUCCAGGCCAAGGUCAACAUUCUUGCUCAGAAUGAAAAGGAAAAGAAAGAAUUGGAAGGGAAAGCAAAUCAGUUGAAAUCUGAUUAUGAGCACCAGAUAACAGAGUUAAUGACUGAACUCACUAAUGCCAGGCAGCAGGCCCAAUUAGCCAAUAAUAUAGUGCAGACAAUGCAAAACUCUUCUUCUCAAAAAGAGCAAGAAACAAUGAAUGAAUUAUUCUCUAAGUCAGAAGAAAUUUUAGUCCUUCAGCGACAGUUGGAGGUGUCCUUAAAGGAACAGGACAAGGUCAAAAGUGACUUAGAGGCUUCAUUAAUUGAACAAGCCAAGGUCAAAAGUGACUUAGAGGCUUCAUUAAUUGAACAAGGCAAGGUCAAAAGUGAAUUGGAGGCUUCCUCAAUUGAACAAGACAAAGUCAAAAGUGAAUUGGAGGCUUCCUUAAUUGAACAAGACAAAGUCAAAAGUGAAUUGAAGGAAUCCUUAAUGGAACUUGACAAAAUAAAAAGUGACAUUGUCUUGUCAGAACAACUGUACUCUCAGACUAAAACAGAGCUAGAGCAGCACUUUGACCAAGUGAGAGAUUUCCUCCAUGCCACUCUUGGACUUGAAGAGUGUACAUUGAAUGACUGUUGGAAUGCACUCGCCAGCACACUGACCACAAUGAUCGCAGAAAAACAAUACCUCACUGAGCAAAUGGUAGACUUGAAUCACAAACUAAGUUCACUGGAAGAAGAAAAGAAGGAUGGACUGCAACGCUUGUCAGAAUUUCAAGCAAGAGAAGAUGAACAGAGUGAGAAUGAAAGACUUUGUUCCAAUCUUAAAAAACGAACGGAGGAGUUUGAACGACUUCAAGAAACCUUUUCUCAAUUAGAGAAACAGAAACGAGAAGUUGAAGAAAGGUAUAGCUCUCUACAAAAUGAACAUGUCAAGCUUAAUGAUUUGUAUAGCACUCUACAAAAUGAACAUGUCAAGCUUAAUGAUUCGUAUAGCUCUCUACAAAAUGAACAUGUCAAACUAAAUGAUUUGUAUAGCACUCUACAAAAUGAACAUGUCAAGCUUAAUGAUUCGUAUAGCUCUCUACAAAAUGAACAUGUCAAACUAAAUGAUUCGUAUAGCACUCUACAAAAUGAACAUGUCAAACUAAAUGAUUCGUAUAGCUCUCUACAAAAUGAACAUGUCAAGCUCAAUGAUUCGUAUAGCUCUCUACAAAAUGAACAUGUCAAACUAAAUGAUUUGUAUAGCUCUCUACAAAAUGAACAUGUCAAGCUAAAUGAUUUGUAUAGCUCUCUACAAAAUGAACAUGUCAAACUAAAUGAUUUGUAUAGCACUCUACAAAAUGAACAUGUCAAACUAAAUGAUUCGUAUAGCACUCUACAAAAUGAACAUGUCAAACUUAAUGAUUUGUAUAGCUCUCUACAAAAUGAACAUGCCAAGUUUAAUGAAGACCAUCAAAGAUUGCAAGAUCAACUGGUUGCUAUACAAAAAUUAGAGUCAUCUCCAAACUUGUCAGAAACCAUCUCACAGAAAGACUCUGAGCUGCUAACAAAGGAAUCACACCCAUUGACUCAAAGUGAAGACAUUCAAAGCUUAACCCAAGAGAUGCUGACCAAGAUUGUUACAGAAAAAGAUUCGAAAAUUACAUUUCUUUUGGAGAAUAUGCAAGAAAUGGAAGGACGCUUAAUUCAGUUAGAAGAACAGAAUCAGUCCCUGGUAGAAAGACAUAGUUCAGAGUUAGAUCAAGUCAAACAAGAGUUAAUCAGCAAAGAGAAAGCCUUUCAGGACAAAGAAAUGAUUGCCAAAAAAGCCUUGGCCACCGCCAAAAAAUUAAAGUUUCAGUUCACUCAAGCCAACAAACAACUGGAAGAGGCUAAAGUGACCAUUGAUAAGUUGAGUAGAGAGAAAGAGGAUCAGCUUACACUAGAUAAAUCUAGGGAUGCAGUAGAUAGUCAAGUGAAAGAGACUCACACUAGCAAUGACGAGCAAACGAGAGCUGAAACAUUACCAGAGUUAGUCAGUCAGCCCAAUGAGAGUGUACCUACAGAGGUGAUGAGUCUCCAGGAGGAAGUGUCAACAUACAGAGAGUACUGUGUCCAGUUACAGCAACAAGUGCAGUCACUUACUGACAAUGUGUUUGACAGCGAUGCCAAGGUAAAGAAAUAUCAGAGAGACCUGGAACAGUUGGAGGGCGUGAAGGAAGGUUUGAAAAUGACUGUUUCAGAAGUGGAAGCAUCCUAUUUACAGCUUCAACAAGAACUAGAGAAGGCACAAGCUGAUCACAUUGCUACCAAAGAAGCAAUGGAGCAGCGAUGUGUCAUUCUUGAAGAACAGGCUGGUCAAUGGAAGUCUUUUAUUAAGAAUUUAGAGCAGGAGCUUCAAGCGAAAGACAACAGAAUUCAACAAAUGAAUGAAGAAUUGCAUCAGCUUCAUAACGUCUAUUUGGAGAACACACAAUUCAAACUAAGUCUAGAAGGAAAAGAAGAAGAGUUAUCUAGUCUGUUGUCAGAACUGGAGUCCAAGAAAGAAGUUUUAUCUAAAGAGUUAAACACAUCUGACCAAUUGAGAACACUGCUUAGUGAAGAACAGGACAGGUUGACUUUGUCUGAAAGGGCAUUAGAAGAUAAAAACGAGGAACUUAGUCAGCUUCGAGAAAGUAUCACGCAGCAAACGACAGACUUUGAAUUAAAAGAACAAAGUCUUUUGUCUCAAAUCAGUUUUCUGGAUCACCAGAUAGAAGACCAUAAACAUCAAUUGGUAGAAAUGACCGCCUUGCUAGACAAAACUCAGUUAGCCAGAGACCAGGCUGUAAGCCAUGCUGAUAAUUUACAAAAAAGAAUUGACCAUCAACAGACAGAGAUCUCUGAAUUGAACCAAAUGAUAGAUUCCUUCAGAGUCCAAGAAUUAAAGGCCGGAGAAGACAAAGAUGAAGAGCUUAAAUCUCUGCAGGCUGCACUAGCUGAGUUUCAGCAUCAAGUUGAGGAUCAGAGAGUUCAGAUAGACUUGUUAGUAUCUGGUGACCAGGUGAACGAUCACAACAGCAUUAACUCCCAAACUAUCAUUGAUAAUUUAAAUCAAGACAUUCAUUCUUUGAAGACACAACAAGAAGCUCUAGAAAGUAAUUAUGACCUUGUUUUAAAGGAAAAGUUAACUCUCGAAGAGGAACACGUUCGUUUGAAGUCAGAACUGAGUGGUCAGUUGGAUAUUGCUAAGAAGAUGCAAGGAAUAGUUUCAGACAAACUCUCCCAAGUUGAACACAUUCAGUCAGCUUAUGAAAAACUGGAGUCAGAUUUUAAUCGCUUGUCCAGUGAGAGAGAUCAUCUGGUGGCCAGUAUAGACAGUAUGAGAGGAGAAAUAGAGGGACUAGAACAGAUGAUUGCUGAGAGUCGGUUGUCAGAGUCAACAGCACAGGAGAAAGUGCUAAAACUUCAGUUAGAGAGAGACCAGUUGAAGUUGGAAUUGGACAAGUUGAAAGCUAAACAAGCUCUAGAAAAGGAAACAGUGCAACACUUGGCGAGCGAGGGCACACAGAGAGAUGACCUGCAGAGGUCACCUAGUGCUGGUAAAGAACCUCCAGCUAUUGCUUCCAAACUAAGAGCAUGUGAAGCAGCUUAUGAGAAGACAAAAAGCCAGCUCCAAGUGGCGGAAGUGAAAUGUGAGAAAAUGUUAGUCAAGUUGAAAGCUUUCAAAGACAAAAAUGACAAGCUGCAGAUUCAGGUGGAUGAACUACAACAACAACUGGCUGGAAACUCUCCGCAAAGAGAUUCCAGUCUUAGAGAAGAACGUCGCCGACUGGAGGAACAAGUUAUCUCCCUUAACAACAAACUGCGACAGAUUGAAACUUACAAUGGGCAACUUAUUUUUGAAAAUGCCUCCAUUAAAACUCAGCUAAAAAAAGAACAGGAAUCUGAACAUUCUUACAAAAGUGACCUUGAACUGUCUAGGGCCCAAUGUGAGGCAUUAGAGAGACAGAUUGUUGAAUUAAAGAAAGAGUUGUCAGACUCAGCCCUUAACUUCAAUACACAGAUCAUGGACCUGACAUCAAAACAUGAUGAGGAGAUGGCAGAGUUGAAGAAAGAGGAAGAACUGGGAAAGGCUGUGUUUUCACAAGAGAUGAGUAGAUUGUCUGAAGCGCUUGAUAAUUCCAGAAGAGAAGCACAGUUUGCCAUGACAGCAGAAGUUGCUAAAGUGAAAGAGACUUUGAAUGUGGAAAUAUCAAGUCUACAAAAUGCACUGGAAGCCAGCAGGUCUGACUGUGCACAUGCUGAAGAAGAGAGAAACACUGAACAAAAAAAUGUGAUCACUUUGAAAUCUGAGCUGUCUAAUUUAAAGGAAGAAAUAUCCAAACUGAACGCCCAGCUAGAGAUUGCUGAAGUGAAAGCUCUCGAAUCUGAGACUCGGGUGCUGAAGAUGAAAGACGAGUUGCUGGAAGAAGAAAGAGUCCGUCAGGUCAGGGUUGAAGGUCAGGCAGCAGUGGAGCAUACUGAGCUUACAUCUCUAAAGAGUCAGCUGGAAACCCUUCAGUUACAAUAUACUACUUUAUCUCAUGACAAUGACAGCUACCAGGCUCUGGUUACCUCUCUGACUAGCAGCAAUGCUGCAUUAAAACAAGAAUGUGAACAACUCAGGUUUAAGUCAAAAGAUAGUCAAUCUGUGCAGGAGACAGACAGACUAAGACAGUUGCUGACUGAGAUGGAACAGGAGAGGGAUGAGUUACGGGAAGAAUUUGAAGGAGUCAGGGAAGAGCUAGUUGAGCUGAGAAGAGAGAAAGUUUCUCUGACACAACAAUUGAGUGAAUUGACCACUACUGUCCAACAGUUGACAGACAAAAUUGUCAAUCUGGAAUCUCUUCGCUCAGCCCAAACUCCUUUGAACAUUGAAGACAAUGUGAAAGUGGAGCGUGUGUUACCUCUGGGUCAAGGGGUCAACAUCACAGAGACAGAGGGGAUAGAAAGUAAACUUUCCGACCUAAAAGAAGAACUGUCUGCGGCAUUAAAAGAAAAUCAUCAACUGAAAGCUACUGUCAGUGGACUGAAUUGGAAGCUGGAGGAAGCCUGUAAUUUAGAACAAGAAGUUGAAGACCUUCAGACAGAGCUCUCUUCAUCGAACAUGGAAAAGAAAAUUCUAAGUCACGACCUUGAGGAGGUCAGAGGUGAGAUGUCUGCCCUGCAGACAGACAAACAUCUGCUGAUGAAGGAAGUAGAGAGACUCAGUGAAAUUGUUGACGGUCAGGAUCGCAAAGGUUCCGGUGAUGGUCGACCGACUAAAGUUCAGAGGUCAGCAAGUGAGGAAGUACUGCAGUUUCUGGCUGCUAAAGAUGCUGAGAUUAGCCAAAUCCAGUCAUUGCUAGAUGAUCAAUCUAAACAAGUUUUGACUGGAUUAAAAGAAAUUGAACUAAGGGAAGGUAUUAUUGCAGAGAAAGAGGAGCAGAUUUCAAAGUUGCAAAAAGAAGUUUUAUUCCUUCAGAUGAAUUUGAAAGAGCUGGAACUCAAAAACAGCUCAUUGACAGCUGAGCUAAAGUCCGCUGACAGGGAACUUACGAAAAGACUUGAGCAUUUUAAUCUCAAACUAGACACUGUCAAGUCUCUUGAAGCGGACUUUGAUUCUUUAAAUGUGGACUUUAAUACAGUUCUAGAAGAGAAGAGAGACAUGGCUAAGGAGAUUGAAGAUCUUCAUAACAAGAUUGGGCAACUUAUGACUCAGCAGCAAGAAGUGACAUUCAACCAAGAGCAACAGGAGCAUGUACUCAGGGAAAAAGAAGCUCUGCAGAGAAGAGUUGUGGAACUUGAAACUACUGAAGGCAGUUUCCUGCUAGAGAAUGCCAGGAUGAAACAAGAGGUGGACAGACUGAGGGCAGUGCUACAGCAAGCUGAGUUUGUUAAAGAAUCACUGAGCAGUCAUCAAGACAGUGGAGUCGGUGGCUCACUCGGCAAAGUUCAGGCUCAGUUCUCCGAGGUGGUGGAGGAGAGGAAUAGAAUAAUGAUCCAACUGAACGACGCAGAACAUAGACUCAAACAAAGAGAGGCAAGGUGUCAGCAGUUGGCAAUGCAGGUAAGCCAACUGGCUGAAGACAGAGGUUAUCUAAAUAGCCAACUGGCCAACAUUUCCAAGUCUCUGAGAGAAAAAGAACAAGAAUGGAUAGCCAUUAGACAGCAGUAUGGCGAAUUAUAUCAAGCCUACAUAGCUGUUCAGUCAAAGACUGCUGAAUUAGAAAGAAGGAUCGCUUUAGAUUCUGUUCAGAAGGAGUUGGAAGAAGAGGAGACAGCAGCAGAAGCUGAUCAGGUUAAAGGUCAAACAGACCAAGCCUUAAAAAGGAUUGAAGAGCUCCAGUCUAUGUAUUCUAACUUAGAAGAGUCUCACUCCGCACUAAGUACCAGUCUGAUCAGAGAAAGAACAUUGAGGGAACAACUUGAAAGGGAGCUUGGGGAAGCUCAAGAACAAAUCAAACUUUUAGCAGCUGGAGAAAACAGAGAGGUUUAUCUUCAGUUAGAGGAAGACAAUGAGAUGAGAAUCAGGGAAACUUCCACUAUGUUAACUCGCCAUGGCAUGGGCUACUGUAGUCGUGUUCACAGUUGGCUUAAAGUGAAAAAUCGACAGCUGACUAGAGUGAUGCGCCUGAGGCCAGGAUUGAGAACCAUUAUCUGGAUUUACUUUGCCUUCAUCCACUUCUUGUUGAUUGGCUGUUUCAGUGGAUUUUUGUGAUCAUGUAGAUAAUUAACCAAUCAAGUAUUGUACAGUGACCUGUAGACUUUAUGUAUAUAUAUAUAUAUUAUAUAUUUCAUACCAUGUCUAUUUCAUGUUAUUUAAAAUGUAUGUUCCAAUAUUGAAUGACUAACAUCUAAUGCACCAUUUCUGUUGGUGCACAGUGUAUAGGGCAGUGAUUGAUAAAAAAUGUUUUGUGUUCAUGUCAAAAGUUGUGCUUUCAGCCCUGGAUUUAUUUCUUACAUGUUAAACUGUUUUCAUUCAGCAUUGAGACUCUUCAUUUUUAUCAUAUGUGAACUUGAUGGUUUUGGUACUUUUAUGUUAGUGACUCUACAGUCUGUUUUUUUUUUUUUUUUUUGUUGGUCAUAGUUUUGACACAGUUUUAAAGUAGCUGUAACUGCAUAAUUAGCAAAUGUUAGGUUUCACAUAUAUACUGUUAGAUUACCAUUCUAUGAAUGUAGUGACACUGUUACAUACAACAUAUUUACCUACAGAAAAAAAUGUAACUUUUAUAUAUAUAUGCUUCAUAAUCCAUUCUGUCCAUUAAAAUGAACUUUUAAAAGUCAAGAUACUUUUUUUGUUUUCUAGACACUAAGGCAUUUUAGUGCUUUGUUUUUUGUUUUUUCAUAGAUCUUACAUUGAUCAUUCUAUUUAUAGAUAUAAUUUUGACCAUUGUUUUUUUUUUACAGAUAUAACAUUGAUCUAUUUAUUUAUUCACAAUUGUGUGAAACUGAUGUUUUAUAUUUAUUUUGUAACUGCCAGUUUUGGUCAGGGUGAAGGUCAGGCUGUAGUUGUGUAUAUCUUCUAUCAGUUAGCCAGACUUCUAUAACAUUCCAUGCACUGAGAUGAAGUGCGUCGAGGGUUGAAGCCUUUACCUGGACCCUGAGAACCCCCCUGGGGCAUUGAGAAAGAUUUCUUCCAUCAUCCAGAAAUGAAGCAGAGACUCUUCAAUCUAAAGGUUCACUUUGGAUUAAGUUCACACUAUCACAGACAGCAAUCGCUGGGGGAGGGGGUAAUUUAUAUAUGACGACCCAUUUAGUGGGAGCAGUUUCACUCCACCUAAAAGAGACACACUGAAGACAUCUCCCAUGCAUUCCAUGCACCAGACUUGUGGUUGUGACUGAGUUUAGAACCAGUUCUUUCAAUGAUUCAAGUUCUACAUGUAUAAAGAUUUGUUCUUAGAUCUAAUGUACUUUGCUUUUCUUUGUUUUUUUGUCAAGUGGUGAUUGUUGAUUUAAUAAAGAGAAAUUUUAAUGAGUGAUA